UCCCUGCUUCUGGAUCCCUCUCCUUCUCACAUUUCUUUCUUCCUCCCAGCUAGCUACCAGAAGUACAGAACCAAGCCUUAUCUCUUCUCCGGCAGUCUAGUCCAGAGCUCUCACUAGCCUAGCCGCGAGGUAGCAUGAAGAUCCAGUGCGACUCCUGCGGCGUCGCGGCGGCCACCGUCGUGUGCUGCGCCGACGAGGCGGCGCUGUGCGCGCUCUGCGACGUGGAGAUCCACGCCGCCAACAGGCUGGCCAGCAAGCACCAGCGCCUCCCGCUCGACGCGCUCGGCGCCAAGCUCCCGCGCUGCGACGUCUGCCAGGAGAAGGCCGCCUUCAUCUUCUGCGUCGAGGACAGGGCGCUCUUCUGCCGCGACUGCGACGAGCCCAUCCACGUACCCGGCACGCUCUCGGGGAACCACCAGCGCUACCUCGCCACGGGGAUCCGCGUCGGCCUCGGCCCCGUCUCCGCCUGCGCCGACCACAGCGCCGGCCACCACCACGACGCAGACCACCACGCCCCCGCGCCCAAGAUCGCCUCCGACCACCAGCACCCGCCGGCCCAGCCCGCCGCGCCCGCCGAGUCGCAGCAGCAGCAGGUGCCCUCGCCGCCCCAGUUCCUGCCGCAGGGCUGGGCCGUCGACGAGCUGCUGCAGUUCUCCGACUACGAGUCCAGCGACAAGCUGCACAAAGAUUCCCCCCUCGGCUUCAAAGAGCUGGAGUGGUUCACCGCGGACAUGGAGCUGUUCCACGACCAGGGGCCCAAGGCCGGCAGGGCCACCAUGGAGGUCCCCGAGUUCUUCGCCUCGCAGGUGGCGGACGACGACGCCUACUACAGGACCGCCAGCAGAGUCGCCGCCAACGCCGGCGUGCGCCAGAGCAAGAAGGCCAGGGUCGAGAUCACCGACGACGAGGACUUCUUCAUCGUACCUGAUCUUGGCUAAAACUGGAGUACUUCCUAGGCAGACUAGCUUCUCGUGUGUGAUUUUGCACUACUGUUGUUGUAUACCAUAGUAGUAUGCAGAGAGGAGGUGUGUAUACCUGUGCUAAUCUCAGCUGUGUACAAAAGCAAAAAAGAAAAACUAGUGUGCUGUCCAA